GGCGUCAGUAAUCUAUUAGUCGUCGGAGAGGACGGUAGUGCUCCAUAAAAUUUGCGUGGGUAUUGGAGUGAAAUAGGAGUAGAAAAUGAUGACAACUAAAAGAAUAUAGAGUAGUAGGUCACAGAGCCUUGCAGCUUUCAUUCUUGCUACUGUGACCCAAAUCUAGGAGAAUGAGAGUAGUUGCACUCAUUAGUGGUGGAAAAGAUAGUUGUUACAACAUGGUCCAGUGUGUUGCUGCUGGCCAUGAAAUUGUAGCCUUGGCAAAUCUCCGACCAGAAAAUAAAGAUGAAUUAGACAGCUACAUGUACCAGACAGUGGGCCAUCAAGGGAUUGAGCUGUAUGCAGAAGCAAUGGGUUUGCCAUUAUUUCAACAGCCAACCCAAGGCGUUGCUUUACUUCAAGAACAAGUUUACACUCCUACACCAGAAGAUGAAGUGGAGGAUUUAUUUCAGCUGCUCAAGACAGUUAAAGAUGAAAUCGAUGUGGAUGCUGUGGCCGUCGGAGCCAUUUUAUCUGAUUACCAACGAAUCAGGGUUGAAAAUGUAUGUGCUCGUCUUGGCCUUGUGGCAUUGGCCUACUUGUGGCGUCGUGACCAAGGAGAAUUACUACAAGAAAUGAUAGACUGUCAUAUUGAUGCAAUUGUCAUCAAAGUUGCAGCAUUGGGACUUGAUCCUUCAAAGCAUCUUGGGAUGACAAUAGCUGAUCUUCAACCACAUAUCUUGAAGAUGAAAGAAAAAUACGGAUUAAAUAUAUGUGGCGAAGGUGGAGAGUAUGAAACAUUUACUCUCGAUUGUCCAUUGUUUAUCAAGACUAUUGUCAUUGAUGAGUAUGAGACUGUGAUCCAUUCUAAUGAUGCUGUGGCUCCUGUCGGUUAUUUGAACUUCAAGGACCUUCGACUUGUUGAGAAAGAGAAUGUAAACCCUGUAAGCAGCAUGUUGGAACGAAUAUGCAACAUCCCCGUCAAAACUUGGCUUGAUCUUAUCAGUGAUCUUAAUGAAGAUGUAACUGAAGGCAAGCUUGUCGAUCGUGGGGAGAUGGAUGAAGAUUCAGUAGAGGAACCUCCACCUCUUCCAUUUCACCCAAGUAGUCCUUCUCAUGGACCUGAAAGUCAGUCCUAUUUAGUGGAAGAGUCAUGUCUGGAAUCAGGACUCCCAUCCCAAGUUACAUGGGAAGAUGAUCCACUGCCAGUUGUUGCAACAUCGAAGUGUAAUGAAUUGGGUUGGUGCUGGAUUGCUGGUUUGGUUGGUGAAGGAGAAGAUUGUGUUUUAGCAACAAGGCAAGCACUUCGCAAACUCAACACCGUUGCAACAAACCAGUUGUUAACAAUUGGAGACAUGGUAGCAGUAUCACUGUAUGUUCGUGACAUGCGUCAUUAUACUGCCAUCAACUCAGAGUACCUGAAACUGUUCCGUGGGAACAAUCCCCCUGUACGAAUCUGUGUAGAGGCACCUCUGCCUCCUAGCACACCUGUUUUGCUGGAGGUUCUAGGCUAUCGAACAUCUUCCCAAGAAGGUGAUGAACAGAGCAGUCAGAAUCAUAAGAGGCAUACUAUGCAUGUCCAAGGGGUGUCUCAUUGGGCCCCAGCAAACAUAGGACCUUACAGUCAGGCAGUGAGGGUGGGAGACAUAAUAUAUGUAGCUGGCCAAAUUGCCUUGGUACCUGGGACGAUGCAGUUGGUGGAGGGAGGAGUGAGGAAGCAGUGUCAGUUGGCCUUGCGCCAUGUUGGAAGAAUCAUAAAGGCCAUGGACCCUAAUACCCAGCUCAGGGAUGUUGUGCAGGGAGUCUGUUAUGUAACUCAUCCAUCAUAUAUCCCAGAAGCUUGUCGUGAAUGGGAGAAAAGAACCAACAAUGCAAUUGUUGAUUAUGUAGUAGUUCCUCAACUACCUCGAGGAGCACUGUUGGAAUGGCAUAUCUGGGCCCAUCGACACAACAACAGGUUUGAGUAUGAAGAGACAGGAUGCUGUAUAAAUGGCUUCCGGGUAUCUAUUCGUAGGCGUUGGAAUUAUGAGAACAAUGUUUCUGCAGUAGUGUGUUAUGUAUCGACAGCUACCUCUAAUUCAGGUACAGUCAUGAUAGAAGAAGGGAAAGAAUACUUCUCACCCAACCAACUGAGUGAUGAGAGCUUGUCAGAAGUUCUGUGUUACACUUUAUCAAAACUUCUCCAUGAAGCAGCACCUACAACUGUAUGCAAUUUGCGCAUCUUCUGCAAGGUUGGGAAAGCACCUGCACCAUGCCAGAUACAGAGCGUUCUCAGCAAAGCAGUAGAUUUCAACAUAGUUCACAGCAUUAUACCAGUAUGCCAUCUUCAUAAUGCUCACACUUUCCUGUCAAUAUGUGGUGUUAGGCAUAACUGAGGUGGUUCAUACUGUGACUUGGAAGUUACUCUGGGAUAUUAUUCAAUUCAGUGACACUAUCACAUUAGAAGUUAAUUCUUGAUCAAGAGUGAAUCAUAUUUUGUCUUAUGUGCGCCCCUGUGGAAGACAUGCAUAAUACCAUUCUGCUCUGCAUAGAAUGCAGACUUUGCUUUAUUCUUCUAGUUCUUUUAUGAAUGCACCUAUUGUUGAUAUACAUCUGUGCUUCUUUUGAAGAUGUGUUUAAAAUGUCCUAGCCAUGAAUUAGGUGGUGGUGAGUGAGGUUACCAGUACAUUUUAUGCUGUAUUUAAGUACUUAGGAGCACAUUUGGUGGUUGCAUAUUUCAUGCAAGCAGGCCAUUAGAGGUGGUGCCUACAGUUACUUUAUUUUUUCACUGAUAUGAUUCUUUGAAAGAUCCUUGGCAGUUUUAAUACUCUGUGAAAAGAUAUUUUGGCUUUAUUGUAUGUUCAGCUUAUGGAGAUGUGCAUGUAAGUGGAACUAAUGCUUAAUUGUUAUUUUCACCCCACUUCUUAGUGGGGCGCACUGAAUAGACAUAUACAUUUGUGGUAGUGAGAAAAUUAAAUGUUGUUUUCAAGGCUUUCAUUGAAAUGGCAGUUGAGAAAACUAAUGGUGUGGCAGUUACUUCCAGACUGAUGAAUGCUAAUGAAACACCAGCCUACUUUCUAAUGUAGUAGCUUCCUGCUGGUUGAAAUUGUGACCAAAACAGUUGAGAAAUUUUUAGAAAUUCAUAAAAUUCUUGACCUAUGUCAUGAAGUAACUGAAAUAUAUGUGCGUGCAUGCGUGUAUGUGUGUGUGGUCACACAAGAUGGGGGUAGAAACUGGAAUGACAAAAUCUGGAUCUACAUUGGGACCGUAAAGUUUCUACCCCAUCAUCUGUCAUUUCCGAGCCUAUAUUAAACACAUUAUUUCAAGAGGCACCAAAUGCUCAAAAGUUUUGAGUUUGAAACAAAUCUUAAUGUUAUAUACAUAUAUAUGUAUGUGGAUUGAAUGAAGGUAACUCAAAAAUUUUAGAGCUGUGUCUUAAAUCUGCCUUGUAUGUGAGAUUCAUUCUGAUCAGUUGCAAGUUCCAGCACACGAUCAAAGUCAGUUGUUGUGGAAUACUUUACAUGGAACGUCAGUGUAUUGUUCCACAUGACAUAAGCAAAAGUUAUUUUUCAAGAUGGCUGUCACAUGUUGUUCAAUAGGUUUACUUUUAUUUUGUCUUUAUUAUUUUUAUUGUAGUAUAUUCAGCAUGAGUGAGAGUCUUGUGACUGUGAAAUGUCAGUCUGACAUUCUUGGCACCAUGUUUAUGUAUAUAUAUGGACUAUAUCCAUAGUUUCAAUCACAUAACUUAUAAUUUAAGUUGGUAAUGACAAAUUAUUCAUGGUGGAAUAAAUGUUAUUUUUGCUUCUAUUUGUCUAUUUGAAGAGAUCAUGAAAUUUUAUGCUAUACUUAUUACAGCUCUUAGUACUGGUAAUGAUGUAGUCAUAUCUCUAGAAUUUUACCAUAAUAUGCAUUAUCAAAUGAGGUCAGAUUUAUUUGAUGAUGUUUCACAACAUCUGACAUAAUUUUAUUCAGGCAGUCUGGCAUUGCUGCUUCACUGUGUAAUGUAAGAUAAAAGUUGUGAUUGAUUUUUCAGAGAAUCUUUUCAUUAAAUAAAAGUAGAAAUUGGUACUUAUA